AUGAAUUUCGCGCCUUACCAGGAUGCGUCGCCAGAAAUAGAGCGCGCCCUGUCACCUCCUCCUCGCACUUCCAUCGAUUCGCCUCGAGUGCGGUCGCCUCCUCCCCAGAACAAACCUAUCCAGCCCAUACCUCGUGCCAACGCUGGGACGGCAUCACUGCUUUCUCCUAGUACCCUUGCAAACGAUUUCGUGACCAGACCGUCAUUCGCUGGGGAACACAGGGAACAGAGCUUGGAGGCUUUCGAGACAAGCCUGCCUCUAAGAGUAGAUUAUGAAGCAAUGUUGGCAUACCUUCUCCUUCCACCCGCUGGAGGUGUCUUUCUCCUCCUGUUCGAGCACAAGAGCGACUAUGUGCGGUUUCACGCUUGGCAAUCUAGCAUGCUCUUCUCGGCCAUUUUUGUCCUCCAUUUGAUCUUGUCCUGGUCAAAGGUGCUCUCCUGGAUGUUGUUCACAAUCGACCUGCUCUUGAUCGGCUUUCUAUCGCUUCAUGCUUACAGAGAUGUUGAGACAUUGGACCAUUUCGAAGUACCCUACUUCGGCAGACUUGCGAAUUCGUUUGUCGAGAAUGAGUAA